CUGAGUUUUUCUUUCUGAGGUUUUGUACGCCUGUGUUAGCUGCAUGUGCAUCCCUUCGGGAAUCGUUCCUGUGUGUUCCGAUGUCACGUGGCUGGCGUUUUUGUGCAACGUAGAAUGGAGGCCAUGGGGGAGGUAGAGACAGGAUCUCAAGGGUUACUGAGGAAGUGGGAGCGGGGUCUCGAGGCGAAUUCCUGGGUUGUUUCUGAGAAAGCACAUGGGGCCUUUGUUCACUUUCAGGAGUCAUUCUGGCACGGUUCCUUAAGUAACAGUUUCGUGAUCACUCAGAAUAUCAGAGUUUUGUGGUAAACGGUAGUUCUGGGCUAAUCGGACUCCUUUGAACAUCGUGUUCCUGAUUCCCGAGUGAUCAUACCACGCCCCUGCCCAGAAGAGCCAGCCCAGGAGCAGCUAGCUGAUUUUCUCUCCCCACCACAACCCAGCAAGAAUCGCCUCUAGCUGUUUCUCCCUUCAGUCAGCCAUCUAGAAAACCACUGACUUUAUCCUAAGUGUGGCCAUGUCGCAAGUGGAAGAAUAUUUUUCAUCCAUUUAUCAUCGGAGCUCGCCCUUCUUGCCAUUGUCUCAAAUAUGCCUUUUUCGUGCAUUUUUAAAAUUUUUUUAUUAAAAUCCUCAAACAUACGGGGAAAUAGACGUGUUUGACAGAACAUUUCUCCAUGUUUGCUGUUUGUGUGCUUCGUGUUUUGAAAGUAAAUUUCUUGUUUUAUCCAAAAUAAACACUGUGUCUCUAAAAUAACUUUUUUCUACUUAGUGAUAAUGCUGUUGUCAUCCUCAACAAGAUUAAUUACUUAGUGAGGCCAUCUCCUAUCUGUGCUGUGUUCAUAGUUCCCAGGUCAUCUCCAAAAUGUCUUUCACGGCUGAUCAAAAAUGGUUGUUUAAGAGUCUCUGGUCAUUGCUUCUGCUGCUUGUAUUUUAGGUUUCUCGUUUCCUUCUUAUUCCCCCCAACAGUUUCUUCCAAGGGAUUGGCAUCUUUGCUUUCACUGUUUAGGGUCAGUAGCACGUAUAGCCAAUGCUGGAAAUUGCAAAACUAGGCAAGAGGAGUAGUCAGCAGGUACUCUCCACAUAAGAGGUUUGAGAACAGCCCCUUGUGGAUCUGUGACACUGGGGAGGUGAGGGCACGGGGAAGGCUGUGGGCAUUUGUAUGUCUGAUGGAUUUUGUGUUUUCCAGUCUCUAAGCACCGUUAGCUUGUUUGGCCUCUGUCCCUGAAGGUGAGUGGCCUUGGGACCUGGUUUCAGAGGGACUGGGGCUCCCAUGAUGUCGAGCACUGGGCUCCGAUCACCCCUGAGGACACAGUGCCCCCCAGGACCUUUGACACCUGGGGAUCUGAGGGGCCCUGAUUUUGAUGUUCUUUGGACCGCCAGACUGUUUCUUCCCCCACCCUCACCCAAUCCUUUCUGUGUUACAGAUGUGUCUUCAAGCUGAGGGACCACCCACCACCACCCCACCUUGGUGGUUCCUCCAGGAGCUGAGCGGCCCAGCCACCCCUCGGCAGUUCCUCCAGGAGUCCAACAGCUCCCCCCACCCUCUCGCUCCUGUGGCCGUGCCCCUCCAGCCUUCCCGCUCUUCCCCGCCCAGAGCGGGAGCGGCCGUGGCCAUGGCGGGGCAGGGCGACCGCUCCUACACGUACACUGAGCUCCUGGCCAUCGCCCGGCGCUUUCGGCAGAACCCCAACGAGCUCAUGAUCACCUGGAUCCUGCGGGUGUAUGACCAGGGCGGCCUGGCCCUGGCCCUGAAUUCCAGGGAGCUGGUGAUGCUAGGCGACCUGACCGGCGACGCCAUCUUCAACUACCGCUGCAAGGCCCUGCGGGGUGACUGCAGGACGCUGCUGGCCUGGCUGCUGCUGGCCUGGCGCCAGCGCUGGGAGUCCUUCCUGCACUUUGAGGCCACCGAGCUACCCUUCCGGCCCUGGACCACCCUGGAGGAGGGCAUCCAGCUGGUGCGCGAGCUGGGCAUGCUCGAUUGGAUCUACCGUGAGCCGCCCCCGCGCCCCGAGCCCGAGUGGCUCGCGCCCGAGGACGUGCCCUUCACGCAGGGCCUGCAGCGGCGUCUGCUGACGGCCGCGCCCUCCGAGCUGCGGCUCUCGCUGGUCAGCCUGCUGGUCAAGGGCAUGACGGUGCUGGAAGCGGUGAUGGAGCUCCAGACCAUCGCCGACGUGGGCCUGCUCUGGCGCCAGAGCCAGCCGGGCCGCACGAAGCUCAUGCUGGGACCCAACCCGACGCGCAAGGACCUCAUGGGCUGGCUUCUGAGCCACGGCGUGCCCAAGGAGCGGGUGGACAAGCAGCCCACCAAGGUCCUUCUGGAGCUGUACAUCAAAGAGGCCAAGCGCAGCCGCAGCCAUGCCGUCUACGGGCUGGGGGAGGAGCAGCCCCCGCCUCCCCCCUACUCCGACCAGGCCUGCGGGGAGGAGCCGCCUGUGCGCCGGGACUAGGCCCCCCAGGCCCUCGCGGCAGAGCGCCGGACGUCGUUGGGGAGACGCAGAGGCUUGGCUGGUGCGUCCCCAGGAUGGAGCAAGGGAAGCCCCCACUCCAGCCGCCCACGGGCGGGGUGUCCUUGCCGCCAGCCCACCCUGUGGGCGUCACCGGCCAGAGCUGCUGGAGAACAGGUCGCUGGCUGAUAGCUGUUGCUGGAUUGAGGGGGGGGAGUGUUGCAGAGAGUCUGUUACACUUUGGCCUGAUGGGCAUGGUGGCUGGGCCCCCUCCGCGCUGCCAGCCAGGCCCCUGAAGCACUACAUGCCAAGCGGGAGGCCCCGCAGCCCACGCAAUGAAAGCACCUUGAAUUUUG